AUGGGGAGAAUUGGUGUCCUUGGAGCUCUGGUUGGUGCGACGCACCAGCGGCACUGUGGCGCUCUGAUAGUUAAUACUAGGUAUAACGGCGUUAGGCUCGUAGCUCCCAAUAAUGCUCCAGCUGAGGAACCCCAAUAUGAUACUCGGUUGGUCACUACUGAAGAGGAGAGGAUCCAACUAUUUGUUAGAGGGUUGACUUUAGAGUUGCGUGUACUUUCCGUCCACAUGACUUCUGCAGGGAAGAGUUUUAGUGAGAUAGUAUUGAAGAUAAUUCCAUGUUCAUGGAAGAGAUCAAGGCACAAAAAAUUUGAUGAUAGAUAUUUAGAGGAGCUUAGAGCGAAGAUUGAAAUUGGUAAGUCCCAAGAGACCACUCUUGAUUUGAAUGGUGUACUCAACCAUAAGGGUAGAAUAUAUGUUCCUAGAGUUGAUGACUUCAUUCACAAAUUAUUGGCGGAGUCUCAUGGUUCACGGUAUUUCAUUUAUCCGGGUGUGACCAAGAUGUAUAGGGAUCUGAAACGAGUUUAUUGGUUGAAGGGCUUGAGGCAAAAUAUUGCGGAAUCAGUGGUGAAGUGCCAGAAUUUUCAACAAGUGAAGUAUGAGCAUAAAAGGCCGACGAGUUUAAUUAAAAGAAUGCCAAUUCUAGAAUGGAAGUGGGAAAGAAUAGCCAUGGAUUUUGUGGUUGGUUUCCCCAAUAACUUGAGGAGGUUUGAUUCUAUUUGGGUUGUGGUUGAUAGAUUGACUAAGUCAGCUGACUUUGAUCCCGUAAGGGUAAAUUACUAA